UUGCCCAUGGAUAAGACUAGUAGUGCCACCAUUUCUUCCGAAAACAGUCGCUUUUGAGUCCCUCUUGGAGGGCAACAUGACUCUUCACCGUUUGGGAUGCCCACUCCACCACGCUCUUGCAUCUUCAAGGCCACUUUCUAUAUGCGAUUGUAUUUAUACAGUAGCAACAAGAAAAGCAGCAUCAAUAAUUCCCAUAUCAAACCGGUCACGCUUGCACCGAUUUCAAGCCUAUCCCCUCUUCGUUUUAACCUCUUCUUCCAAACUCACCUCGAAAUUUCACUCACUCUUACUCUACAGUUGUGGGUUCCGCUCCAACUCUGACGCCAAAAUCUCCAGAACGCCAGUUGCUGUUGGACGUUAUGGAGAGCAAGAGGCGACUAAUAUGAGCAAAUUGAGGGCUUUGAAGCAAAAAGCUGAAGUUCUGGGGAUUGAUUAUGAUUCUUGUACACCCGGAAUGUACGAUCUCUUGAUUUGUCCGAAGUGUAACGGUGGCCAAUCAAUGCAGAGGAGUUUAUCAGUUCAUAUCUCCAUGAAAAGAUAUUUUGCAAUGUGGAGGUGUUUCCAUGUUGAAUGUGGAUGGGCAGGCCAGGCCUUUGCAGACAAUGACACUGUGUAUAAUGGAGUCAAUAAGAUAGGCAAAGGCAAUUUGCAUGGACAAAUGACAGUGGAGAGCCUAGGGUUAGUGCCUUUAGGCGAAAAGCUAAUUGCAUAUUUUGCCGAGAGAAUGAUUUCCAAGGAUAUUCUGCUGAGGAAUGCUGUUAUGCAGAUAUCUAGCGAUCAGAGAAACUUAAUUUUGGCUGUGGUACCCACGUGUGACUCCAAUUGGACUUGGAUAUUUAUUGAACACGGCAGACGAAAUGGAGUACUUGUGAGCUGCAAAUACAGAAGCCUUGACAAAAAAUUCUGGCAGGAGAAGGGUACAGAAAAGAUAUUAUAUGGACUUGAUGACAUAAAGGAAUCAGGUGAAAUCAUCAUUGUUGAAGGUGAAAUAGAUAAACUCUCAAUGGAAGAAGCUGGCUUCCGUAAUUGUGUUAGUGUUCCUGAUGGUGCACCACAGAAGGUGUCUACCAAAGAAUUGCCAUCUUUAGAGAAGGAUUCAAGAUUUCAGUAUCUGUGGAACUGCAAAGGGUACUUGGACAAGGUGUCUAAAAUUAUCUUGGCAACCGAUGGCGACACACCUGGGCAGGCCUUAGCUGAAGAGCUUGCACGCCGUCUUGGAAUGGAAAGAUGUUGGCGAGUAAGUUGGCCGAAGAAAGACAAGUUCAGUUGUUUUAAAGAUGCAAAUGAGGUACUAAAAAAUUUGGGACCCCAGGCCUUGAGAGACAUAGUUGAUAAAGCAGAGUUGUAUUAGGUGAAUAAUUAGACAGAGUUGUAUGACGUGUUUCUCGAGAGGAAUACAAGGCUGGUUCCAUUAGCGUCUGUGCAGAAAGAAGCAUAUUAUGUGGGAGCAAUACAAGGAGGAUUUCAUCGAUGUUUGUGCAAAACACCGGUGAAGCAGAUUGUUUCUUUUUGGCCCAUCUCCUUACCUUUCCUAGAUCAAGGAUGUGCUGUGACUUCUGGAUCGACAUUGUUGUCUUUGAUUUGGGAUUGAUUGGUUGAUAGGGACAUGGUUUGACCGAGUGGUGGCCAUGUUGUAUGGAGGCAUUUGUUGGUCCCAUAGGCAAUGGGCUAUUCGCAAAUAAUCCAUUUCAUCAAUCUCCUUGCAGGAGUGUGCGGACGAUUGAUGCAGAGGGAAUGUUGAUUGGGACCAUUUGUUGAAUCCAAAGUUGUGUGAGAACGGGCUUCGCUCAAACGAAUCUUUUCCCUUUUCCAGCUAUUUUGCAUUCCCUAGAUAAAAAUGUGAAAGAAAAGAUUCCUCUUCUUGAUUGAGAAUGAAUGGAUGGGCAGAAAACGGAUAAAACUAAGAGUGAAAAGGUGUGCAUAUAUUGUGUUGUUUUUAUUUUUGACAAAUUGUUCUGCAAUAUGUCGUCCUAUUGGUUUCCCUUGAUGGGAUUUUGUAUGGAUGUGAAUCCUUUUGAGGAAGUAGUUUGAUCCUGCAUACAAUAUCAUACUUCUGCUCUGUAUUACUCAUUGUUCGUUCAAGUGUCCAGAAACAUGCUUUGGGCCGUUCAUACAUGAAGCCCCAAUAUUUUUCAAUAGUUCCUGAUUGUCUUGGCAUCCAA